AUGACGGUGCCCAGAGCUGUACGGGUGCCCCCAGGGAACAGAGAGGCAAGCCAGCCCCGCAGUGCCCCUGUGCCGAACUCCGGUGCCAACUCCUGCUCUAUCAACGGGGAAACUGAGGCACGGAGCCCUGCCCUGCCUUCACCCACCAGCCUGCCUGCCGAACCCCCUCACGGCCCCAGGGGGCCUCCGCUCUCCCGGGGGUCUGCAGCACCCGGGCGGCAUAAAGCAGGCAGCGGAGGGAAGGGGUGCCGGGAGGCGGCACGGCGGCGGGCGCAGGUGAGGGACCCUCGGGCUGGCCUGGCGGGACCCCCGGGCCUGGCACUGCCCCGCGUCCCACCAACCUCCGUGCCGAAGCCCUUUGGGGGCGACGCCUGGAUUCGUCCCUGUGUUCCCCAGUGA